AUGGCCAACGACGACGACAAGCAGAAGCAGGUCCAAGAACAUCUCUGGUACCCCUAUGCACGUAUUGCCACACAACGCCUUCAAACACCCCCGAGGGUUGGGCCAGUCAUCCCAAUGGGCAAUGGCAUGAUCGAGCGAUUACACUGUACAACACAUGAACCAGAACGUUGGCCAGCUGGGGAGAAAUCAGCAUGGUGUGGUUUACCAGCAACACGUCGGAGGAUAAGGACAGCGAAACCAAGUCCAAGCCGCUGGAUGUCAUGGUCAAAGACAAAGAACCCUGACCGUGCUGUUCACAUCCAAGGUGAGUCUGAUGUUACACCUCGCUCUGGAGAGCCUGUGGUUGUUGAGUUCCAGUCUGACCUUAUCUUUACAGCGAAGCUACACCCUCGCAGUCGAACGGCCGGCAAAGACGAAGUCAAAUGGAAGAUUGAGUACGAUGAAGAGGCCCUCUUGGGUAGCGACGACAUGUUGUAG